UUGUGUUCAGAAGAGCAAAGAUGGCCACGGCGGGUUGGCUGCAUGGCUCCGCCAGUAUGCGGCUGACCGAGGGGUUGGUGUCAGUUUUGAAAGAAGAACGACCCGAAUAUUUGCCCUCACUUUUGGCAAAUUAUCGGGAGCAUGGCGUGAUCCCGACGCAGAAUAGUGCAGCGGUUGGUGGUCUCGUGGGACUCAGCAACGCACGUCUAGGCUCAAGCAAAACCAGAUUUGAGGGUCUCUGCCUCCUAUCGGUGCUGGUGAAGGAUGGCUCCAGCGAGCUGUUCCAGCAGCAUUGCCUGUCAUGGUUACGUUCUGUGCAGCAGGUUAUUCAGUCACAGGCCCCACAACCCUCAGUUCAACUGGCAGUUAUGGUACUAAAGGACCUACUGCAGUACUCCUCUCAGAUCCCAGAACUGUCCAGGGAGAUCGGACUGAACUGCAUACUGGGCAUCCUGACCUCCUUGCUUAGUCUGAAGGCAGAGUCCCACCUGGUGGCGAUGGAGGGUAUGAUGGCAUGUAUGACUUACUACCCUCGUGCCUGUGGGUCUUUGAGGGAAAAACUGGGAGCCUAUUUCUUGUCUAAAAUGGAUUCUGACAAUCCCAAAGUGCAAGAGGUGGCGUGUGAAUGUUAUGGUCGCUUGCCUUGCCUGGGUGGUGUUCUGGAGAGAGGUGGGGGCGGGCGCAGGGCAGAGAGCUGGACCAAUCAGACUCACUGCCUCCUAGCUACCGCUAACAGCAUUCUUGCACAGCUCUACCAAGGAGCAGAGACUGAGGGAGUAGUGCAGUAUGAGGGCCCAGGCCUGGAGUUGCCUUUUCCUUCUCUUGAUGACAUCGACCCCCUCCUGAUGCUCCAGCUCAGCCACCGAUACAGGGCUCUGUGCCUGGCUCUUAAACACACACUCAGUGUGGACUCUGGCUCUCCCGUCCGACUACCUGUUCAGCACAUCCUUAACUUUGUGUGUCGAGCGCUGGGCGUGAGCAACAAGAGCAUUAACCUCACAGGUGAUGGCUGCCUGAAACUGCUGGUCUUGCCUUCUGUACAUAGUGACACUGUGGACGUCCUGUCUACGCUUAUCAAUGUUGUUGGAGGGGGCCUGGCACAGUACAGCAGUGUGCUGACCAGACUGUUUUCUCAGUCGUUGUCAUCAUGGACUCCACCACCAGAGGCCAGUAUUGGCCAACAGAGAGCAUACAGUGCUGUGCGUGUGUGCCUCUACCGCACAUUAGAGCUGUGGGUACGAGUGGGAGGGGCAUCAGCAUGUGUUCUACAAGGAAGUCCCACCCACUCAGAGCUCAUUUUCACCCAUCUGAUGGGUGACCUCACACCAGGGGCAGAGGCCAUCAAGCUUAAGGUCGGGCCUUCAGUAGGAUCUGACAUGGUCGCCCCUGCUAAAGCAGGGCCUCGACGGACGAAGGGUUUAGGUCUGGGAGAGGCAGGGACGAUGACCACACAGCGGAAGGGAGAUUCGUUGGCCAAUCAAGACACCUGCCUAUCUGCACUGAGAGUUCUGAGACAUAUUAUUCUCAACAGUGGGACUCUUCUGAAAGAUGAGCUACAUAAGAGAUUGCAGGACAUAGUAGUCCCCCUGUGUGUUCGGCUACAGCAGCAGCAACAGUUGUGUGACGUGGAGUUGAAUGGUCAGUAUGGAAGUCCUGCCCCACGCCGUGAGCUCUACCGCCUCCUGCUGGCCCUGCUGCUGGUGCCCUGUCCGCGCUGGCCACCCCCACUCGCCUGUGCUGUGUCCUUAUUCAGCCAUGGACGCCGAGACCGCAGUUUGAAGGUUUUUCUGGUUUUGCAGGUGUCCUCGUUCUGUGCGGAGGCUUUGACCAUAUGCAACUGCUUGCUCCACCCUCGCACCCCCUCCAUCUCUCUCCCGCUGCCGCCCCUCGCCCUCAAGCCUACCUCAGCCGCGCCGGUCCUUCCGCCCUCCCAGAAUCCCGUCUUGGCCCUUCCGAACCUCCUGGCUGGCUCCGCUCCAGGCCCUCCAUUCCCACCACGCCACCCCCUCUCCCUGGGUCCGGCUACCUUGCUGGGGUCCUUGGAGAACCACCUGUCCCUCGCUGCUCCGGUGCUGCCUCCGACCAUCCCCAGUAUGCCGGGCGAUCUGCUGUUGUCACCCUCGCAGCCGGCUGACCUGGCGGGUCUGGGAGCUCCUGAGGCCCAGCGUCACAUCUUCAUUCGCUACGACAAAGAGGAGCCCGAGGACGUGGAGAUCUCUCUGGAGAGCGACUCGGACGACAGUGUCGUUAUUGUGCCCCCAGGCAUGCUUGAGCAGAUGAGGCAAGAUGGCGCCGUGUCUAACGCUCCAACCAUGACCACCAACUCUGGCCCACCUGCCCAGGCUCCCACAGCGGGACCGUGCCCCCCCACAGUUCCAACAGUGACCGGGACCGAGGCUGUCAGUUCUGGAGAUACUCCGCUAGCCAGUGAGCUCCCCACACCUACAUCUCUCCCCCACCAGGUCUUGCCUGCCACCCCCAGCACAAGCAGUUCCUUCCCUGGUGGCCAGGCAAACCCGCUGGUGCCUUUGGUGCCUCCUCUGAGCUCGUCCACCCCCCUCGUACCAGCGCCCCCUGUGAGCCUGGGGGAGUCACUGCCCGGAGCUCAGCUGCAGCAGAUGCUGAUGCAGCCCUCGCCGUCACCAUCCCAGCUGGGAGUGUCUCUGGGCGUUCACAUGCACAACCACAUGAACCCGUUGGCCGUCAGGCAGCAGCAGCAAAACCUAGCCAGCGAAGAAGAGCAGACGGUCAUCAAUAUUAACAGCACCGAUGAGGAAGACGAGGAGGAUGAGGAGAUAGAGGAUGAAGAUGAGCUGGGAGAUGAGGAAGAGGAGGAGGGACUAGAUGAGGAAGAGGAGGAAGGCAGUGAUUUCCCUGAGGAAGAGGAUGAGGAGUACUUCGACGGCGAAGACUAUGGAGAUUAUGAUGAGGAGGAGGAGGAUGGAGAAGAUAUUGAGGAAGAGGAGGAAGAGGGAGUGGAAGACAUCCCACCACUGGAGGGCGAGGGUGAGCAGGGUAUGAUGGAGAGGGAGGAAGGAGAGGUGAUCAGACCCGAGGAAGAGCGGAGGAUGGAGUUAUUUAGCUUGGACAGAGACGGACUCCAAGGUGAAGGAGGAGACCGCGUGGAGGAGAAGACUGGCGUCUGCGAAGAGGAGGAUGGAGGCAACGUUAAGGAAGGAGGGAGCUUGGAGGAGAAGGACCAGAGAGGAGCGACAGAGAGGGUGGAAGGCGUCUCGUCCUCCUCUGCGCCACAGAGCGAGCGGGAUGGAGGCCAGACCAUGGGGCCUGAGAUGGAAGGGCCGGCCCAGGGUGAGGGGACCAUCGGAUUGGAGAUGGACACUCAGGAGAUCAGGUCAUGGGAUCAGAAAGAAGCCCUACAGGAGGCUGUGUCAUCCCAGGAAGCAGGUGCCGUAGAGCAGAUCCAGGGGGUCGUGUCCGAGGUCAGGGAUCUAGAAGAGCUUCAGCAGCAGCAGCAGUCCGGACCAGAACAGGAAGAGCUGGCCAGUUGUAGUGAUGUCGGAGCCCCUGGACCGGAAAUGAGAUUGCAAGACCUGGAAGAAGCACCCAAAAAAGAGGAUGCAGAGGAGGGCGAGGAAAAGGAGGGAGAGGAGUCGAGAGGAACCAAGCGGAAGUUGGAUGACCUGGAGGAAGAGGUCAUGGAACAAAGCGGCGAGAAGAAAAAGCUGGAUGAUGAGGCCAUGGCGUCGAUGCUGGCAGAUUUUGUGGACUGCCCUCCCGACGAUGAGGAACACCACCGUUCCUCUCCACCCAACCCUUAGGCUCGGAUGAACCAGGAUCUCAGUAGGACGCCAGAAAUGUGUAAUACUUUCAUCAGGAUCGAAAGGUGUCUGUCUACUCUCAUUCUGUUCCAGUGUCAGUGGAAUAAAACGUCCUUUCUCUUCACCCCAUCCAAAGUGAAAGUGCUGGAUGAAUCAGUGAUAUUAAUGAGAAGCGCUUGUUACAUCUACUGUCUGUUAUGGAAAUGAUGACACUAUCAUGUACAUUGAUGAUAAUGGGGGGGGGUCUGUUGCAGUGAUGACAUGUAAUGCUUUCCCAAAAUCAGGCUGAAUCAGAAAAAACACAAUGUGAAAAGUUAGACCUAACGAACGCUGACCAUCUAAAGAAAUACUGAGACACUGGUAGACGACAAAAAUAACAAAGGGAUAUUGCAGCCAUCAAUGGGCAGUGGGACAAGAAGGCGUAUGGAGAGGGUCUCACAUGUAUCUUACAUGGAUAGUUGAAAGGCCAAACAGAUGUUUGCUUUAACGGCCGAUGUCAUGCAUGCUCUGAUGGAGCCUAUGUGUAAUGUUUUCCUCCAGCUUUAUCAAUAUUCUGUAUUGUCUGUUUUUUAUUCUUAUUUUGUUACGCAAAAUAAACAUUGUAGGCUCAUGA